AUGGCCAAAGAGGUACACUGUACUGUGCUGUGCAUGCAGCUCACGCCUGUCCUGCCUUCCGCGACGCCCGCGGCAGUGGCGGCGAUUCAGACGCAUUUCAAAGGCGCAGUGGAAGAGACGGAGUUUAUCGACACAGUCGCUGCGAAACUGCGGGAGCACGGCUUUAAGAGGGACAACUGUAUCGCGCUGGUGAGCACGUGUCGCGACGAGGCGUCGCGGUUGUUCGACGGGUUGGUCGACAAGCACUUCGGGCUCGUCUUCUCGCUUAACGGACUCGCCGGCGUGCCGCCCGGCGGCGUGCUCGCCGUCAAGGCCGGCACGUCGCACAGCCCGCAGGACGCGACAGGCCGCGAGCGAUACGUGUUCUUCGGCUUCACGCACAUUGGCAUUGACGACUCCGGCAUGGCCGGUAAGAUGCGCCGCAACGGGCGCGCGGCCAUGUCGGGCGCGUGCGGUGCGCUGGCGGCGCUGACGGCGCAGCUCAAGGACGGAAAGGGGCUGGGGGAGGCGGACGAGGAGGACAUGGAGGCUUACCUGCUCUUCAAGAAGCUGCGCGUUAAGGACCCGCCGGCUAACAUCGUGGCCGUGACCAAGGCAGCAGUUGCUGUAAUCAACGACACGCUCGAGAAGAUAAUCGCCAAAGUCGUGGAUGCAACCAAGGCGGACUAUGCCGUGUUUACAGGCGUGCAGAUCCACUCCAACUGCUAUCCCUCGGGCUCCACGGGCGGUGUGGCCCCGUUCAAGCUGGCCCCGUUCAAGCUGAGUGAGACGGUGGAGUAUGUGUCGCCGUCGCUGGGGUAUGUGGUGGUUAAUGGGGUGAAGACCCCCCUGAAGCUCACCAAGGAGGUGUGA